CACAGGCCUUGAUGUGCGGCGUAUCUGUCGUCGGCGGUUGUUAUCCACGCUCCUCGAAGGGGAGUAGCGUGGGAUGGGGCAAUAAUGGUUAAAAUAAAUCAGAUAUCGUCCAUUUAUAUUGGAUACAUAGUGUUACAGGUGUCAGAAGUGGUGGCUAAGCUGACAUCUGAGCAAUGCUUGGAUCUUGGCUUCAACAGGGCCAACUUGCUAUGUUCCUACUGCAAAGAACUGCAGGACUUCAGCUUAACAAGCCUGAGGGAUAACUGCUCUCAGUGCUGCACGGCGGAUAGUGGCACGCCGGAGAUCCGCCGGUACCCGCGCGCCUGCCUGGAGGUGUGCGGAUGACGACUGGGGGCCUUCCCGCAGGUUCAGGCGUUCGUAAAGAGCGACCGACCUGCGCGGUACCCGGGCCUCACUGUCAAGUACGUGAGGGGGGCAGACCCGGUCAUCAAGCUGAUGGACGAAGAGGAGCGGGUGCAGGAGACCCUUGCCAUCGAUAAGUGGAACACUGACUCUGUGGAAGAGUUCUUGGGUCUUUAUCUGGAGUCGGCGCAAUCGGAGACACUCGACGAUGAUGCCGAAGAAGUUUCCAAACAAGAGCUGUAAGGAGUGGUUUAUCUCUUUAUGUUAGUUUGAGUACGAAAAUAUCAUGAAAGCGUUCGAAAUUACCGUUGGUUGCAUUGCUUUUACGAACAUGUUUUCAUGUCCGGAUGUACUCAACAUCCUAAUUUGCAGGAUACACUCAACUAACUGUGCAGAAUGUGCUCCCCAGCGCGAUGGUUUUGGUCCUGCAAUUUGGCAGAUCUGAGCGUUCGUAAAUCUUCCCGCGUACCAAUCUGCGCUGGGGAUUGGUGGCUUCCAUUCCGUGAUAAUGGUGACGGGUCCUUCUGUGCGCGUGGCUCUUCGUCGUGAUGUAUGAGUGGUGCCAUCAUUCUGGCUUUCUAUAGACAGGGCCGCAGCUUUUUCGUAGCAAAAGAUCUCGCACGAAUUUGUCCGCGAAUUCUAGUUCUUAUGCAUCCAAACCACCUGUGGUAUCCUUCAGUCUCUCGUUUACGUGAUCUUGGCGGUUUUUACGUGUAUCAAGCACUUUUGACCUCUAAACACAGAGCGUGUGCGCCAGUCGGACCGUCACCCCUAUCGCCGUGUGUUUAUGUGUGUGCGUGUGUGCGUGCGUGCGCGCGCGCGGCGGUGGGUGGCGGGGAGCGACGGGCCGUUCCAGCGGGCGCCGGAGCCGGGCCGGGCGCUGGGGCCGUCCGCUGGCCGGCGAUGUUGCAUGAGGGCCGUGUCGGAACCGGCGCCGCCGUCGGCGCGGCCGGAGGAAGCAUCGCCGGCCAUCGGGCUGCCCCGCCCAGCCGGCACCGGCGCCCGCUGGUCCUAGCGCGCGCCGCUGCCCCAGCUGCACCAGGUGCGGCGCUGCGGAACGUGGCUGUUGCGAACAUGUUGCUCGCGCUUGGUGACCUGUAGGGGCUGUCAGUUUUGUACUCCGCGGGACCAGAAAAGCCGCGGUCGGUGGGGCAAGAUAGGCAUCGCUAUUUGAUUCGUGAUGUUUUGGACCUUGUCCUGUGGUGAUUUAAUACAGGGCCUGCUCUCAUUCGCUAGAAGCAUGCAAUGGAAGGAAAA